GUGAGAAAGGAGUCCUGAGAGGGAGUAGGGGCCAGAAAGGGCCCAGCCAAGAACAGUGAAGAGGAGACUGAAGACACAACCGAGGCAGCCGCUCGAGACAGUGCCGGGGGAAACAGCUAGCGCACGCGCAGAGGACUCCCAACGGGAGACCUCGUCUUCCCCUUCAGAACGCUAGCUUGUCACUUUCCCAGCCCGUCGCUCUCUGCAGAAUCUGGAAUGAGGUUUUCACAAGGAGCGGCUCACCGUCGCAAUUGGGAAUUUGCGCAUGUGCACCUCGCGGGUAGUUCGCUUGUUGCCAGGCGCGAGCUCUAGGUGGCGUCAUCCCUCGGGCUGGAACGAGACACGCACGCGCAGAGGUUCGCUCAGAGACUAGCGGGUGCGUACCCGGGCAUGCGCCAGGCGGGACGAGACGGCGGCUCGGCGGGGUCAUUCAGACGCAGGCGCAGUGCGGUGUUUGUCUGCCGGGCUGACGGGCGGCGGGGAGGUGCGCGGCGGCGGCGGCGGCGGCGGCGGCGGCGGGGAAGAUGGCGGCGUCCUCCCUGGAGCAGAAGCUGUCCCGCCUGGAAGCAAAGCUGAAGCAGGAGAACCGCGAGGCCCGUCGGAGGAUCGACCUCAACCUAGAUAUCAGUCCCCAGCGGCCCAGGCCCACCCUGCAGCUCCCACUGGCCAAUGAUGGCGGCAGCCGCUCACCAUCCUCCGAGAGCUCCCCACAGCAACCUACACCCCCCGCCCGGCCCCGCCACAUGCUGGGACUCCCAUCCACCUUGUUCACACCCCGAAGCGUGGAGAGUAUUGAGAUUGAUCAGAAGCUGCAGGAGAUCAUGAAGCAGACAGGCUACCUGACUAUCGGGGGCCAGGUACCACCCUUCCCCCAGCCCCCAGGGGGUGGGCAGGUCUCAGCAAGGUUGGGUCUGUGUGGUGGGACAGAGGCCAGGCAGACCCCCAGCCACAACUCUCCUCACCAGCGCUACCAGGCGGAAAUCAAUGACCUGGAGAACUUGGGGGAGAUGGGCAGUGGCACCUGCGGCCAGGUAUGGAAGAUGCGCUUCAGAAAGACAGGCCACAUCAUUGCCGUCAAGCAAAUGCGACGUUCAGGGAACAAGGAAGAGAACAAGCGGAUCCUCAUGGACCUAGACGUGGUACUCAAGAGCCAUGACUGCCCCUACAUCGUGCAGUGCUUUGGGACCUUCAUCACUAACACGGAUGUCUUCAUUGCCAUGGAGCUUAUGGGCACCUGUGCCGAGAAGCUGAAGAAGCGGAUGCAGGGCCCCAUCCCUGAGCGGAUCCUGGGCAAGAUGACAGUAGCGAUUGUGAAGGCGCUGUAUUACCUGAAAGAGAAGCACGGGGUGAUCCACCGGGACGUCAAGCCCUCCAACAUCCUGUUGGAUGAGCGGGGCCAAAUCAAGCUCUGCGACUUUGGCAUCAGUGGCCGCCUUGUCGACUCCAAGGCCAAAACUCGGAGCGCUGGCUGUGCUGCCUACAUGGCACCUGAGCGCAUUGACCCCCCGGACCCCACCAAGCCAGACUAUGACAUCCGGGCUGACGUGUGGAGCCUGGGCAUCUCCCUGGUGGAGCUGGCGACAGGACAGUUUCCCUACAAGAACUGUAAGACGGACUUUGAGGUCCUCACCAAGGUCCUGCAGGAAGAGCCCCCACUCCUGCCUGGCCACAUGGGUUUCUCGGGGGACUUUCAGUCCUUCGUCAAAGACUGCCUUACUAAAGAUCAUAGGAAGAGACCAAAGUACAAUAAGCUACUUGAACACAGCUUCAUCAAGCACUAUGAGACGCUGGACGUGGAUGUGGCAUCCUGGUUCAAGGAUGUCAUGGCGAAGACCGAGUCACCGAGGACUAGUGGAGUCCUAAACCAACACCACCUGCCCUUCUUCAGGUAGCUGCAUGGUGGUGGCCAGCCCCACUGUGGGGGCCAGGGAAGUGGCCUCAGGCCCCCUCUUCCCUACCUGGCCACCCAGCUGCCCACCACGGGAGACCUGGGAACUGGAUGGCCGACAAGGGCUGAGGACAAAGUAUGGGAUGCCAACCCAACCCUGACUCCCUACCCAGCAGCCAUGGACAGAUGGGCCCACCAGGCCCUAGCCCCUCCAGUCCUGGGGUCAGCCGACUGUACGAGUCCCCCUACAGACACUGUGAACGGAAGACAGCAGGUCGCGAGCAGACUCGCUAUUUAUUCAGUCGUAACCUCUGGGCUGGGGUGGCCACCACAGGCCAGGAGAGAGUCACCUGUCCUGCAUCCUCCCACGCUCACCCCAUGCUGCCCUUUCCGCUUUCCAUGGUACACAUGCUCUGUCUCCACCUCCUUCUCUCACCUCCCUUGCUGCCUCUCUGGUUUCUUCUGUCUCCUUUCCUGCUUCUGCCUCUGCUUCUCUCCUGGCUCACGCCCAGGCUCUGCCACCCGCAAUGGGACCCCUUGGUCCUCUUAGGUCUUUGGUGAGCGAUGAGUCUUUCGGCUGGCAUCCUCAUCCCAGGAAGGCAGUCUGGGCGUUGUGACUGCAGCUUACCCAGGCUGCGUGCCCUUGCGUGCGUGCUCAUGCUCUCUCUCUGUCAGUCUGUCUGUCUGUCUCUCUCUUUGAUCUCAGGGGGUCCUUUUUGGAGUUUAUUGUAUAUUAUUGUACUUGGUGGGGUGUUUGGGGGACGGAGGGAGGAAGAAGAGCUUGUUCUCAUGGGGCUUAUUGGUACCUUCAGAAACUUUUACCAAAGUCAUGUUUAGCUGCUUGUGGUAUAGCCCACAACCUACCCUGGGCACUGGAGGGCUGGGGCCAGGAGUCAGGCAGGGGGUCUGGGCCAUUGUGCCUUGUCAGCCUGACCUGGAGAAACUAGUCCCAAAAGUGGGUCCUGGGGACGGGGGCUCUUCCCUUGGGGCUGGAGAUUGGCCACAGCUUGGGAUGAGUUGAGGACCUCAGGUAGUUCAGAGGGAGCCCAUGGGGCCAUGGCCACGCAGGGUGGCCUUCAGGGAAGGUGGGUAUGGAGUGUGGUGGGCAGCAGGAAAUGCAGGUGUGGCAGGGAAUGGGGAGUGGAGGAUGGGAGGUGGGGAUGGAGGGUACAGGGAAUGGAUGUGGGGGUUCGAGGAUGUGUGAUAGGGACAGAGGUGGGGCAAACUGAGGGCUGGGCAUGUGAAGGCAGUCACCGCUCACACAGUGCCCCUCCACUCCCUCAGAGCUGGCCACCUUGAAGCUGGGCCACGGGUCCCCUCCCCCCAGCCCCUCUGCAGCGGCCAGAACAGGAGGGGGGUGUUUUCCUUCUUUUGUUGGUGAUGCAUGCAAAUCAGUGGACAAAACACGCACACGCACACAAAAACCAACCAGCACCCAAGGUGAGGAGCCUCCCUGGACGUAGCUGGAGCAAUCGAAACUCAGCCUAGGCAUUGCUGUAACCUCUCUCCACCCUAUCGACUCCUGUUACCCUCCCAACGUAGUCACAAAAGGCUGCAUGUUUAAAAGUACUCUGCGUCUUCUGUCUGCCCCCCAGGGUGGGGGGUGGCCCUUCUCUUGCCCAAGUCCCCUUUGUGAGGGGUUGGGGCAGGUUGGGGGGCCAACAGGCCAGGUUCCACCCUAUGGGGUCCCAGCCAUGGGGGCUUUAGCCUGUAACCACAAGGUUAAGUGGUUGGUUCCAGGGCCAGCAAUGGCCAGAGGCCAGCUGCCCAGAUGUAUCUUUAUUUAACUUUUGUUUCGUGAGUGUGUUUCUGCCUUCCCCUCCCCUUCAGUGUUAAGUGGGAGCCCUGGGGGAGCCUCUCCUCCCUCUGUCUCCAGUCACCAGCCAUCCUUCUGGACCAGGCAGAGGUUUGAGCAGGCAGGCAGGAGACUGGGGCAGCCUGGCCCAGCCCACGAUCCCUUCUCAGGCUGCCAGUAUUGCCCCUUCCCUUUUUAAAAUGAAACACCCUUGUUUGUAAAUCCUUAGACGCUUGAGAAUAAAACCCCUCCCUUUUCUUCCA